GUGGCCCGCAUCCCGCACACACUGAAAAACUGAUUCACGUGGUGGUGGUCAGACUCGACGAAAAACGAGCUAACGUUAUGCCGUUUCCGGCCUCGGCCAAGCCGCCUAUUUUGGGGCUGCAAUGCAGUUGUGGCGGUCGGCAAGGCUGGAACCGAGCGGUAGAGCUAUGCCGCAUCCAGUGGAAUUGCGAACUCGAGUGCGCGCGGCAGGGAUUCCGAGGGGGACAGCUCGCGACGGGGAAUCAAAAGGAGCUGCCACGUCUUGAUGUCGACGACGACCAGUGUGCCGCUGGCAGCUCGGUAGGACAGGAUUCCGUUCAUGACAGCGGACGCUCGAUCGAGGUAGUACACGCCGCGGUAUAUCCAAUGGGUUUGAUCAAAUUGGUACUGCGCCACGGAAUGCAAGAGGAGCGACGUGUGAAUGGGGCACUGGACUCGCCGCCGCGACAACACCAGCAAGUCGACAAAGAAGAAAACCACGCAGCAAAUGCACGCCAGCAUCAUGAGACCACCGAAUCGAGCGACACUGCCAAUCUCAAACACCCCACUGCGGCACGUCAACGCGAAGUCGACGGCGUCCGUGACGCAGUCGCGAUCGAUUCGCACAACAUGCUGGACAGGGGCCACCACACUCCACAGGCCAGCAACGACCCAAAUCGUCACGCUGGCUUUCCACGAAUACUGCGACGUGAGGUCGGUCGUUGCGACCGAAAAAAGGUCGUUCAAGAUGUACACGAUCCACCCCAUUUCGCCGCUUGACAGCAUCGUGGCUAUGGUGUCCGGCGCCACCGACACGAAUUGAGUGAACCCGCCAAAGUUGUCCAGGUGAAGUCUGGCCGUCGACAAGAUGCAAAUGGCCGUCAAGCCACGGAGGAGCAGCAACGCGCGGCCAAUCCAGACUUGUCCGGCCACUCGAUUGAACUGGAUCGUGUUGAGGCCCUCGAUGUACCCACGGUUGGCAACAAUCGUGAGGCAGACGACGACGGCGACCAUCAAUAGCACGAUCGUAAAGUACUGAAUCGCGCAUCGAAAGUAAAACGCCACGUUUUGCGGAAUCUCGUGCGCGUCCACUUCAUACAUCAUCGUGGGGGACAUUCCCGAGAGCACGUGCAUCGCUGCAGUGGCCCCGUCAAAGUAGACCACUUCGCGGUUCCCGAGGACCCACCCAAACAUGUACAUCCACGCAAAGAAUUCGAAUGUAGGCUCGUCGAAGACACCCACAGUCGACAGCACGAUCUCGCUCUUGCGCAGUGCAGAGCUCGUGUACUGAACCAUUUGCGGCGCGUAGAGCUGCUGAAUGGCGUCGUUUGUCCUGGCGGCCAAGUCAACCAGCGGCAAUCGCUGGUCAAGGGGGAUGGCCGAUGAAAAGAAUGCAAAGCCUUGCUGCAGCAUCUCGACACAAUUGGUGCGCGCGUACACUUCAUGAGCACACGUCCCCUCGAUAAAACCGGGAGGACGUGUCGAGUGGAUGAGCAGGGCUGCCAUGGACGUCAACUUGCUGCCUUGAGCCUGCUCGUCCGCGUUGGCUGCACACGACCCGUCCGACGCAAAGUACUCGGCCAACUGCAUGCCAAGGGAAGAGCUGAGACCGCACAUAAAGUUGCCGCCAAAGUGUUGUCGUCCUCGCCAUGCAAUCGUGUCGGGCGUAAAAAAUUUCAUCGUUCGGAUGGCGAGAAAGUCUUUCAAUGCAGUCGCGUUCUGACCAACCGAUGCCGUGAUGGUCUCGGUUAGACGGCGGUACAGAGCGCGUAAUUCGACAGGUGGCGCGAUUCGUUUGGUGGAGAUCGUUCCAAAUGGACCGAGCAAAGCGCGCGUCAUGGCCAGCCCUGGCUCCAACGGGAAUUGCAACGUGCCGCUUCGAAUGAAGAGCGUCUCGAUGCUCGACGUGUUACAAAAGGCAAAACUCGGGCUGGCACGCACGAGGCUCGACCCAUCGAGCCCGGACGAAUUGGACGCGACGGCCAAGAGCAGCUUUGCCAGAGGCCACGUCAUACGCCAAGACGACGGCACCACUGCCUCUUGAUACGUUGGUCGAAUCUUUCGGAUCGUGAACGGGUACGCCAGGCCAAACGCGUUUUGAAUGUCCAUCGUUUCAGUGAUCCCGAUCUGCUUGAAAUUUUGCCAAUGCGGAGCAAACUCUGUCACGUUAUGAAGCACCCACGUGGCCACUUCGUCGUGAAUCGGUAGAGACGGCCGCGACUGUAUGCUGUCCACCCAUGCCCGGCCGUCGGACGUUCGUUGGAGGUGGUCGAACACGCCCCGUGCCAACGCAGCGCCCCAGCACAAUUCCAUCGCUGGCCAGUGUGUAUUUCGCAAGAUGGUUUCCAAAUACACUGCGCCGUUGGCGUUGUCGAGUUGGCACUUGUUUUGCCGGUCCGACGACACGGCCAUUUCCCACGUUCGGUUGAGAUCGACGUAGCAGUACACGGUGGCGAUCCAGGGCAUAUCGCACGACCGCAUGGCCCGCAGGCCCGACGCAACAACGUGUAAGUUCGAGUACACCUCGGCUUGGAUCGUCGCUGGGUACAGCGGCGCCGUCGUGAGGGACGUUUGCAUUGUGUUGUACGCAUUUUCGACGUCGCCGUACUGGGGCCGGUCCACCUGCGUCGCGUCCAGUGUGUUUGAGAGCAGGAGCUGUUUGGUGCACCAGUUGGUCAGAAAUGUUUGGUGGCCCGUCGCGUUGAACGAUGCCCACCAUAAAUCGUUGGUCAUGGUCGAGUCCGUCACGACGAGGUAGCUGUAACUUGCAAUCACUGUCAUGACCAUGUACAGCGACCCAAGGCAAGACAGCCCAAAUUGUAGUCGACUUUCGUGGGCUUGGGAUGCGGCGGAACUUGGCGGCGCUGCGGGGGCGGCCACGGCCCCUUUUGCUGUCGCACUGCCGAGAGAGAACGGGCGCCAUACCUUGAUGUCAAACGCGUCGCGAUGCCAAUGCAACAUGCCGCACAGGACUCCCGCCACCGGGUCCAGCGCGCCGUCGCCGGCCACGUGGAGGUAGGACGUGGCUGCUGUCGGAAUCAAGACGUGAUGCCCUGGUCGGAGGAUAUUCGGCGUCGAGUCGAUCCACGUCCGAGUGACCCACGCCACAAACCAGACUGCGGCCGGAACCGCCGCCGACAACCACCAGAGUAGUGUAAAUCGAUCGGAGCUCCCAAUUUCGACAAUGCCGCUCGUACAUUGCACUUGGUGCCCAAGGUAGUCGAUAACGCACAUGGGAUGUAUUUUGGACGUAACGUGAAGCGCCAUGACUUGGUCAAGACAGAGAAAGACGACCCAGGACAGGCACGAACUGAACGGAAUGAACCAGCCGCCGCAACGGGUGACGGGGGUGCAAAAGUCUUGCAGGACGUACGUGAGCCACGUUCCUUCCCCGGCCAGCAAGCAUGACACAAGGAGCGGCCGCGACGACCUCUGCAGCGCCGAGAUGCCCCCGUCCUCGACAAACCGCACGUCGACAGUGCUCAGCACGAUCAUGGCUGUCAUGCCACGGACAAACAGCAUCGGACGUCCGAUCCAAACGGACCCGACGACGCGGUUGAACUGGAGCAAGUGCCGUCCGUGAAAGUGCAAUCGAUUCACGGACGCGUACACGAUCGCCAGGACCCCCACUCCCAUCAACGUGAACGUAAUGUACACGGAAAUGUACCAAAUGUACUUGCACGCGUGCGACGGCAUCUCCAUCGGAUUUGCCACGAUCGAAAACGUGUCAGGGUGCGGCUGCGACAGCAUCGUCACGUUUCCUUCGUCCCCUUCAAACUUGACCGCUUCGCGGUCCCCUUGCAACCAGUCGUACACGAAAACCCAUCCAAACACUGUCCAGGGGUCAUCGGGGGCCGUGGGUACCAUGGAUUGUGACAACACAACAUGCGACAUGUUGUCCGACGCGAAUUGGAUAAAUUUCAUGUCCAACGCCAUGGUGGCAUGCGCUGCGUCGAUCCGCGCCGCCGACGGCAGGUCGAAUUCGACUCGUAUGCGCCAUAUUUCUCGUACAAAGCCGAGGCAGUCGUCGAUCAUCUCGACGCUGCACAAGUUGCACGUUGCGGCAACAAAUGCAUCGGGGGGGCCAACAGGGCGUGCCAUGUGCAUGGCAAACACCACGGCUUCUGCCGUCAGUCGAAACGAAUGCGGGGUCGGAGUCGCACAGUCGUCGUAAUAGCCAAACGGGGGCUGGACGAACGGUUUCCCGCCGCCAAACGGACACACGGGGUUGCCGCCGUAGUACAGUCGAUUCGCUUGUCGCCACGAUGGAGGGACCGGGUCGACGGGGAUCGGCGGGGGCAGGCGACGCUCCCGAUAGAUCGCCACAAGGUGGUCUUGAAAUGUCGCGUGGAAGGACCGCAGCGCUACGGGGUGGGGCACCCAUUCAAUGUCGAUGGACAUGAACGGCCCGAUGCUCUGGCGCACGAGAUUUGCGCCGGGGUUGUUGGGCGGUUGAAACGUAUCCACGUCCCAGUCGAUGCCGAGGUUGACCACGCUGUUGUUCGCGUUCAAGAUCAAGCUCGCAUUCAACGCCUGGCACGUGUACAGGUCAUUCCAGAUGCCAACGUUGGCGGCAAGCGUUGUCCACCGGCCGAUGCUUCGGCCGUACUUGGACACCUUUUUGAUUUGCAUCGACUGUUCGUAUCCGAGGGCAUUUCGAAUCUGGAUCGUGUCGUCGAUGCCGUCUUGGAACAAGUUUUGGAGGGGGGUUUUCCACCGCUGGAGGCCGCGCGUUGUCCAAUACAAGACUUCGUCCGGAACAGGUUGCAUGUGAUGCUGUUCCAUGGCGUCGAUCCAGUGUAGUCCAGCCGGGGACAUCCGCACGGCCUCGAGGAUGGUAGCGUCGAGCUGCUGGCUUUGGGUCGCCGUGUACAUGGCAUGCGAGGGACAGUUGCGGAUCACGGCUUCCAGGUACACCGCAGCAUUGUCUCGCUUCGUGGCAUCGCAUCGGCGCUGCCGUUUGAACGUGUGCGCCAUGGCAAAGUCCCGAUUGAAGUCGAGCCAGCAGUACUGUGCGGCCAUCAAAAAGCUCGACUCGAAUGAACGCAGCCGAAGGGCCGUCACGGCGGCGUCCAGGGGAAUGUUGUCCAACAGGAUUUGGCGCCCGUACGACGCGCUCCAUUCAAUCCGAGUGUCGUCGGUGCGAUACGACUUGGUCGAGUACACCACGUCUUCGUGGAAGAGAUGGAACUCGCCCGUGCGGCCUUGGGUUAACUGGGCGUUGUACACGUCGCCCAAGAACGUCUGCACGCCCGUCGAGUUGAAGUCGGGCCACCAGUAGUCGUUGGCCAAACUCGGACGGACGUGGCCCAAGUACACCGCACUACUGACAAGCGAUCCGACCAAGUAAACGAUGCCGCCGACCGCCUCCCAUGCAUGCCGUGGCCGAGACGUCGCCACCGAUGGCGCUCGCUGUGGGAUGUCAUCCACCUUUGGUGCCACCUGUGCCAUGCUUUCGACGCGUGGUUUUGCAUGGGCGUGCGG